GAGCGCUGGAGCCGGCGGCCGGCAGCGUGCCGGGCACCAAGGUGGAGCUCACCGUGUCCUGCCGGUGCCAGCACGGCCUUCUGGCAUGGUGCUGACCUGUGAUCAGGGGGAUGGACAUGGGGACCCGUUGCUGGGCCAGGUGGAUGGCACUCAGGUUGGCUCACGCCUGGCUCUUCCCCCAGGAACCUGCUGGACCUGGACACCUUCUCCAAGUCCGACCCAGUGGUCGUCCUCUUUGUGCAGGUCUCGGGGAGCAGCGAGUGGAAGGAGUUCGGACGCACCGAGGUGAUCGACAACACCCUGAACCCCGACUUCGUCCGCAAGUUCGUCCUCGACUACUACUUCGAGGAGAAGCAAAACCUGCGCUUCGAUGUGACUUCCUGGGGCAGGCAUUUGUGGCACUGGGAGAGGUGAUUGGGUCCCAACGGGGACGUCUGGAGAGACCCCUAACGGGUGUCCCAGGGAAGCGGUGUGGGACUAUCUUGCUGCUGGCUGAGGAACUGAGCAACUGCCGGGAUAUCGUCACAAUGCAGCUGUGUGCCAACAAGCUGGAUAAGAAGGACUUCUUUGGAAAAUCCGAUCCUUUCCUCGUCUUCUAUCGUAGCAAUGAGGAUGGCACCUUUACUAUCUGCCAUAAGACAGAGGUGGUGAAGAACACACUGAACCCAGUGUGGCAGCCCUUCACCAUCCCCGUGCGUGCCCUCUGCAACGGCGACUACGACCGGACGGUGAAGAUAGAUGUGUACGACUGGGACCGGGAUGGGAGCCAUGACUUCAUUGGGGAAUUUGCCACCAGCUACCGGGAGCUCUCUCGAGCACAGAGUCAGUUCACAGUGUAUGAGGUGCUGAAUCCCAGGAAAAAAUGCAAGAAGAAGAAAUAUGUGAAUUCUGGCACUGUGACACUGCUCUCCUUCUCUGUUGAGUCUGAGUUCACCUUCGUUGACUACAUACGGGGCGGGACACAGCUGAAUUUCACUGUUGCCAUUGACUUCACGGCCUCCAAUGGGUUGCCAUCCCAGCCCACCUCACUGCACUACGCGAGCCCCUACCAGCUGAGCGCCUAUGCCCUGGCACUGAAGGCAGUGGGGGAAAUCAUCCAGGACUACGACAGCGACAAGCUCUUCCCUGCCUACGGCUUUGGUGCCAAAGUCCCACCUGACGGCAAGAUCUCCCACCAGUUUCCUCUGAACAACAAUGUGGAUAACCCCAGCUGUGCCGGCAUUGAAGGCGUGUUGGAGUCCUACCUCCAAAGCCUGCGCACCGUCCAGCUCUACGGUCCUACCAACUUUGCUCCCGUCAUCAACCAGGUGGCUGGGAUAGCGGCCCAGGUGACCGAUGGCUCACAGUACCACGUCCUCCUCAUCAUCACUGAUGGUGUCAUCUCUGACAUGCUGCAGACCAAGGAAGCCAUUGUCACUGCUUCCUCCCUGCCCAUGUCCAUCAUCAUCGUGGGAGUAGGUCCAGCUGAGUUUGAGGCCAUGGAGGAGCUGGACGGUGAUGAGGUACGGUUGUCUUCCCGGGGACGGUAUGCUGAGAGGGACAUCGUACAGUUUGUGCCAUUUCGGGAUUACGUGGACGACUCAGGCAACCAGGUGCUGAGCAUGGCCCGCCUGGCCAAGGACGUGCUAGCUGAGAUCCCUGAGCAGCUGCUCUCUUACAUGAAGACCCGUGACAUCAAGCCUCGCCGGGCAGAUCCCGAGUAGCUCUACCCCGAGCCAUGGGGCUGACUGGUGGGGCGAGGAUAUGUCACCUUUUUUCUGCCAGUGACCAGGGCUUAACCAUGGAGAUGUGGGCCCUUUAGGGAGAUAAUCAGCUGCUAUGGUUGGUCAAAACAGGGCUGGGACCCGGUUCUGGCAGUGAGACCACAGGGCUGGACAUCCUCUGCUGCCCGUUCCUCCUGCCCGAUGUCCAGCAGCAAGGCGGGACUGCCCCUGGACCGUGGCAGUGCGGACAGGGCCAGCCGGGAGGAACACGGUGUGUGCCACGGUGUGCGUGUUCCUGAGAGCAGCCUGGCCUCUGCCCCAGGGGAAGGCUGACCCUGAGUGCCUGCCCAGCCCCGCUGCUCCUUGGGGCAGCGGCCUCGCCCUGCUCCUGCCUGCGCCCCAUUCCUGCCUGCACCCCGCUCCUGCCUGUGCCCGCUCCUCCGGCUCUGCUAACCCGGCCUGCCUCACGCCCUGCCGCACGGCCGGGGCUCCCGCCGCCGAGGGUGCCGGGGCGGAGGGCAGGCGGGUCUCUACUGCGUUACCGACUGUAAAUAAACUGCUCA